AUGAAGAACAAAAAACAAAAUUUCAGAAAUUUAUUCACUAUCCCAUUAAAUAUGAUAUAUCUCCUUUCUUUUUUCUUCUUUUUUGCUUGUGGUAUUAUUUUCACUUCUUAUUUCAAUAACUUUAGUGUCAACUUACAAGUUAUAAAUGGCCAAAUUUUAAACUAUUCUUCUUUUAAUCCACAACCAUCACUACCACCAUCAUCGCGAUCGAUAAUUCCUCGAUUAGGGUUGAAUGAGUGUAUUAAGCCAAUUAAUGUUGAACAUGAUAUGAGUGAUGAAGAGUUAUUAUGGAGAAGUUCAAUGGUGCCAAAAGUUAAAGAGUUACCUUUUAAAAUACAACCAAAAGUGGCUUUCAUGUUUUUAACAAAAGGGCCGGUUUUGUUAUCACCACUUUGGGAGCUAUUUUUUAAAGGACAUGAAGGAUUUUAUUCAAUUUAUGUUCAUUCUCAUCCUUCUUAUAAUAAAUCAAAUAUUGAUGAAAGUUUUAUUUUUCAUGGAAGAAGAAUUCCAAGUAAAGAAGUUGAAUGGGGUAAAGUAAAUAUGGUUGAGGCUGAAAAAAGAUUACUAGCAAAUGCUCUUCUUGAUAUUUCUAACCAAAGAUUUGUUCUUCUCUCCGAAGCAUGCAUUCCCUUGUUCAAUUUCUCUACUAUCUACACUCACCUAAUGAACUCCACGAAAAAUUUCGUGGAGUCGUAUGACCAGCCCGGCCCAUCGGGCAGAGGUAGGUACCGCCCGCGAAUGAGCCCGACUAUCAAACUUCCACAAUGGAGGAAAGGGUCUCAAUGGUUUCAAAUGGAUAGGGAUCUCACCCUCGAGGUUGUUUCAGACAAGACGUAUUUCUCGAUUUUUCAAAAAUACUGCAAGGAAUGGUGUUGUGCUGACGAACACUACCUUCCGACUUUCGUGAGCAUGAGAUUUAGGGGGAGGAAUUCGGGCCGGACCUUGACUUGGGUUGACUGGUCGAAGGGUGGGGCCCACCCGGCCCGAUUUAAUAGACAAGAUAUAACUAAAGAGUUCUUGAAGAAGUUGAGGAAUGAGAGUAGUUGUGAGUAUAAUGGUAAGAAGACAAGUAUUUGUCAUUUGUUUGCAAGGAAAUUUACACCACAUGCUUUGAGUAGACUCUUGAUGUUUGCACCAAAGGUUAUGCAAUUCAACCAUUAAUUAGGAUC